UAUUAUGGUUUUAUUAUCUAUGAAUCCACAGCAAUUGUUAUGAGCAAACACAACGCUGCGUGCAAAACUGCUCUCACAACGUACGUCAACCACAUAUUACAGAGAUACAACAAUGCGGCGCUGUUUUCACCUUAUGCUAUUGCUAGGGGUCGUCACUUUUCUGGCUCACCAGACAUUCAGCGAAGAACCAGUAGAAGGUACACCUUACUGCAGCACAUUACCUUGGGUGAAGACCAAUUGCACAAACUGCAAUGGCGAUUGCUUUAAAGAGUGCGUCUAUAGAAGAGUCAGAAAACCAUGCAUCAGUGAAGAAGAAAAAACAGAAAUGGAAGAGUGCACACCCCCUUGCGAGUCAUUAUCAUGGAUACUCGACAAAUGUGGCGCCUGUAGGUGUUUUGACAACAAGGCAUGUCUUAAAUAUUGCUCAUAUAGAAAGGGAAGACCAUGCAUUGGUACAAGCUACAAGAGAGUUUUAGAAGAAUGCCCCGGAGAUUGCUCUUGCGUACCCCUUUGCGAGUCAUUACCUUGGGUACGCGACCAAUGUGGAGACUGCCACUGCAAGUGUUACGGCCCUGCAUGUUGUAAAUCAUGUACAUUUAAAAAGGGAAAACCAUGCGCAGGUGUAGACUUUAAAAGAGAGACAGUAAUGUGCCCCGGAGAAUGCUCAGAUUGCUGGGGAGGUGGAAGAGAAGGAGGUAGAAGUGGAGGAAGAAUAGAAGAAAGAAGGAGUGAAAGAAGAGAAUCAUCGAAAUAGGCAAUUCUUGAUGAGACGGAGAGAACAUACGUAUACAUGUUUACUUGUAAGCAAAUACAGAGUAGGCUAAAAACGUCGAUCUGUUUAAGAAACACAUAUAGCAGGGUGUUCAGUAUAUUCGGAAAAUAUAUCAAGACAAAAAUAGAAUAAUAAAAGUAUCAUAAGAUAAAUAAGUGAGAUGAAGAAAUCUGAUUCAGCAUCAAGAAAAAUGAUGAUUUCGGAAAUCUGCCUUAAGAGGGAAAACUAUGCCGAAAAAGUAUUUGUGAUAACGACGAUCGAUAUAGUGCUUGAUUUCCGACUUAUUACUUUGCUUAUCUUCCUGGCCAAAUCAAUUUUCACCUACCCUGCGUGCAGAGUCUAGUUAAACUACAGAAGACGAAGCUCUCUUUUAAGAAGUGAAGUCAAACGAAUGCAAAGGGUAAUUUUCACCUAGAAUUGGGCUAACAGUUCCAUUCCAUUCCAUAAACUGUAUAUUUUCAUUUAGACCCCUUUAGUGUCUGUUACCCUUUCUUUUUCAGGAAAAUCUGACGAUUUAUUUAUCCCAUUUCGGGAAUAAUUGCAAACAUGCUUCUGCAUUCUAGCCAAAAGUAUUUUAAAAAUAUGGACGUUUUUGGCCCAUCCUGUACAUGUAUAUUCUGGGACAUACAUCCCAAAUAAAAAAAAUAAAGAAUCUAAA